GGUCGAGUUAACAUUCCUUUUGGACGUACGACAUGGCGGAAGGCGCACAGACUCGGCAGAGUACGGGCAUAAAAUUAUCAAAAAGCCAUAUUAUAAAAAGCAUCGAAGCAGUCAAAGCACUGACGAAUGAUCAGCGAAAGAGUAAAAAUGCCUUAUUUGAAGACGAGAGUGACGCGAUUCUUCUGCAGGUGACCUGUAUCAAAAUUCCAAAAACACCCACGCGGCAGUUGAGGAUGCUGUUACCAAACUCCAUUGUCUCAGCUACAGACGAUGUGGCACUCUUUGUACCAGAUCUACAACGAGGUCGAAGAAAAGACUAUGAACCGACGGUUGUUCACUAUCAGACUUUACUUAAAAAGUGUGGAUGCACUAGAAUAAAGGAUGUUAUACCCAUGAAUCGGGUAAGGAAUGAGUUCGAUCAGUACGAGUUAAAAAGAAAACUCUUAGGAAGCUACGAUUUCUUUUUGAUCGAUGGAAAAAUAGCUGGCCAUGUGUCGCAUAUGCUUGGAAAACAUUUUUGGAAGAAACGCAAAUUACCUACACCUGUUAAAAUGCAAAGUAAAGACCUAAAAUUAGAAAUUGACAUUGCUCUCCAAAAGACUUCCAUGCAGCUUCAUUCACUGGGUAAUAGUCAUGUCGUUCAAAUUGGUCACACUGCAAUGAUGGAUGAACGAAUUCGUGAUAAUGUUAUUGCCACGUGUAAACAACUAGCCAAAUACUAUCCUGGUGGAUGGAAAAAUAUACGAUCCAUACAUAUUAAAACCCCAAAAAGUUUGGCUGUGCCCAUUUACUUUACUACCAGAUGCAAAAAUUUGGUGAAAGUGCCAGUUGUAGAACCAAGACGACCGAAAGCAUAUGAAACGGUUGAAGGUGAAUUGACGACAUUGUCUAGCAAUGCUAAAGUGGCUCUUACACCAGAAGGAGACAUCAGAGUUUAUAAACGAAUUAAGAAAAAAUUCUAUCGAAAGAAAGACUAACUCUUACACGAUGCUCUGCAUCAUUUACCUAGAUGGUAUUAUUCCAUGGGUUAUUUAUAAUUUCUUAAUUGUCAUCUUUAAUUUUUUUGUAACUAAAAUUUGUAAGAACCUA